GGCCGCAGAGCCCCGAGCCCGAGGAUGAGCGGCGGCGGCGCCCCGGCGGGUCCCGGCCCGGCGCUGUCUGCCCGCGGCGCCCGCAUCGCCGCCGGUGUGCCGGGACUGCUGGACGGGGGCUUCGCACUCUACGUCGCCGAUCCCUUCGACCGGGAGCGCAACCCCGAGGGCAUCGUGAACCUGGGGACCAGCGAGAACAGGCUGUGCUUUGAUUUGAUAGAGGAGAGACUCACACGGCCUGACAUGGACUGCCUGGAGCCCGAUCUCUUCCAGUACCCUGACACGCAGGGUGUGAGGAGCUUCAGAGAAGAAAUUGCCAAAUUUCUGACUGACUAUGCCAGAGCCACAAAAGAACUUAGACCAGAACAUAUCACUGUCAUGAACGGCUGCUGUGCUGUUUUUGCCACUCUGUCAACUGUGCUGUGUGACCCUGGUGAUGGCUAUCUUAUUCCAGCUCCUCACUACGGUGGCAUAAAUUCAAAAAUGUGGCUAUAUGGUGGACUGCAGCCUGUGCACGUGCCCUUGUCCAGUGAGGUGACUAACGAAGAAAGUCACCCUUUCCAGUUAACAGCUGAGAAAUUAGAAGCUGCACUACAGAGAGCUGAAAAGCAGGGCAUCAGAGUGAGAGUAUUAGUCCUCAUCAACCCUAACAACCCCUUAGGGGACAUUUACCCAGCGCAGUUGCUGAAGGAAUGCCUUGAGUUUGCACACAGGCAUGAAUUACAUGUAAUAAUGGAUGAAAUCUACAUGCUGUCUGUUUAUGAUGAUACCACCUUCACCAGUGUUCUUAGCUUAGAUAGUCUACCAGAUCCCGAACGAACACAUUUUAUGUGGGGUUUUAGCAAGGAUUUUGGUAUGAGCGGAAUCAGAGUUGGGGUACUGUACACCAGAAAUCAUGAAGUUCAGAAAGCUGUGAAUCAACUAGCUGUCUUCCACAGCUGUCCUGGACCUGUUCAGCAUGUUCUCACUCAAUUCCUUAAGGACAGAGAUUGGUUGGAUAAUGUGUUUUUUCCCACCAAUAAGAGGAGACUUAAGGAAGCACAGAAUCUUCUUGUGGAUAGACUUGCAGACAUUGGAAUACCUGUGCUGAAAAGUUCAGGAGGACUCUAUGUGUGGGCAGACUUCAGAAAAUUCUUAAAAUCACAGACAUUUGAAGCUGAACUUGAACUAUGGCAGAAGCUCCUUGAUAGGAAACUCCUGAUUAGUCCUGGAAAAGCUUUUUAUUGUUAUGAACCUGGAUGGUUUAGAUUGGUUUUCUCUGAUUCCGUAGAUAAGAUUUAUUUAUGUAUUGAGAGACUCCAGCAAAUGCUGCAUACUGAUGAUGCCAAACCAGUUGUAAACAACGCACUGCAGACUCUUCAUGCAGCCCAGAAAAGGAUUCUUCGGGCACACCUUCCAAUACACCACGAGAUGAUGCCUCCCAGAUAAAAAAUAUACUUGUUUUUUAAACUCAUCUCUGCAUUUAAUGACUGAAAUUUAGCAUGCUUACGUUUACUAAAGGAUUACGUGACUUAAGUAUUUCUGGCUGUAACACUGCCUAACAGUCUCACUUUGCUGUGACGUGGCAUUUCUGAUCAUGCAAGCGGACCUGCUGAAUGGAAUUUGGAGAAAUUGGAUCUCCUGGAUAUUCUGAAGUUUGCCCCCAUUAAGCACUGCCUCCAGCUUUAUUCAAUUUCAAGUGUAUUUAGCAUCAGCAAAAAGCAAGAAGUCUUACAUAUAUACUUGGAUGGCAUAUUAUAAAAUACUGAACACACUGGUAAAAAUUAUGCAGAUGACCAUAUGUAGUGGACUGCAUAUUUUAAUCAGAAGACUGCAAGUACUGAAUCAGGUGGUAUUUAAGUUUUGCUAAAUUGUUGUAGCUGGCAAAAUGUAUAUAAGGGAUACUGUCAAUAAUUAAAGAUUUUCUAAAUGCCCGUAAUGCUCCAAAACCAGCAGUAUAAUGCUAACACAGGGUUAAAUCUCAAGUUCUUAAAUAACUCACUACAUGCAUACGAGAUGUGUGCCCAUGCUCAGCAUGUUGCAGCAGUUAAUCCUAAAGUGACAUCACUCCUGGCUUUUGCACUUUGUCACGAUUCCUGGUUGCUGCUCUAUCAAAUUACCAAGCAUCAAAAAGUACAAAUGACAGUCCUUAAAAAAGAUAUUCACAGUAACCAUCAUCAUCCCCUCAAACAUUUCCCCUCUUCUCUGCAGUCCGUAACUUUUCACUGGGGUGCCAUUCUGACAAUAAAUGCAACAUAAUUCAUUGAUCAAGGGGCCUGGCCCUAAGCUUUGCCCUGGGACCAUCUCAUCAGUGAGGAAAACAGUAUUUUACAGAUGAGCUCAGUAUGUUGUGCUCACUCUCUCGUUAAUACACUGCUACCCUAUCUUAAGAAAUUUUUCAUCCAUAGAAUUACUAUUACAUGAAAAUACAUUCCACAGCCACCUUGCCAGAAUGCCUCAACGAGCAGUCGUGUACCUUCCUUUAGGUAAAAGUGGCACUUUGCUGAUAGUUGAAGGCAGCCAAGAUAUUUCGCUUUGCCAUGUGUUCAGCCAACUAAUAGCAAAGUAAAGAAGAAAAUCAUAGCAACGGGUAUGAAAAGUCCUUGUGCUGCCUCAGCGUGGUCCAUGGAGCGCUGCAUUUCUGUGGGCUGACUUUGGAGCUCAGUCACUGUCCUUGUUAGAUCCUUGUAAGAAGAGGGAAGAAAACAGCACUUAUAUUCAGUUUUGCAUUUUGGAAUUUCUGCAAAUUACAUCAAAAGAAAAGUACUCACACCAUCUGUCUUAUUUGGCAAGAAAUUGCUAUGUAAAAGGGACAAUAUAGAGAACUGUCAAUGUCUGAUUUAUAGUAAGAGGAUUCUUUCAGAAAAUGAUUACAAUCCCCUAUUAAUGAUAAGAAAUCUUAACUCUUUUCUAGCAAGGAUAAAGGGCUGUUUAGCCCUCAGGACUGCAAAAUUAUUUGUAAACAAUGGACACUUGGAACCCAAAGCAGGGAAACAAACACGUGGAAGACAUGCAUUCCUAUCACCGUGACCAAGAAGCAGACUGCAUCUGCAGCCCCUGUACACAGAAAUGUUUCUUGGCCAUCUCACUGCCAGCAGGGAAAUACAAGUAGCUCAGAGAUCACUUGUGUGCUUCAGCAGCUAAGCUGAAUAUUUCCCGAUUCCGGCAGGUACUGCAGGACACAGACUGACUCAUGUCAGUGCAUCCAGCAAGCACACAUCCAGUAAGGUACUUACGUAUGAGUUUAUCAUGACACAGGCAACUGCCCCAGCAGCCCACAGGAUGCUCAAAGUGCUCGAUAUGGUCAGGUUCGUCAGGGGUUUCUGAGGACACCGAGCAGAGAGAGGCUGUUUUAGCUGCAAUUAGCGAGUACGUCUUUGAAUCAAAACAAUACACGUUGUGCAGGGAUGCUGAUUAAUAAACUAACAUCAGUGACAGGCAUAAAGACAAACCCUGAGACUACUGUUGACUUGACUUAAGCUUUUGCUUCUCUUGCUGGUCUAUUAAUAAACUGAAUAUUUCCAUAAACCAGA